CACCAUAGAAACUACUUGUGCUCGUCGCGAUCUUCCGGACAUCAAGCCUCUCUGACUAGAUCCUUGGGUAUCUUGCUUAUCGAAGAUUGAUACGCUGAUACGUAGCACUCUGCGCAAAUCAGUGAGCAUUCUCGCAACGAGACACUGGAGACUGACGCGUUGUGCCGACAGGUCCUUCCCAUUCAUUCAACAUUUGACCAGCCUAUAUCCCACUAGAUGGCAGCGAUACUCAUCGGAUCUGCUAUGGAGCAGAAUGCCGCACCACAUGAAACCCGCAACUACACCAGAUCCCCUUUACUUGAGCUCCCCGACGAAAUCUUGUCCGAGGUGUUCCUCCACUGCGCUGACGGUAUUCGUAAGGAAUAUUACCAGUGCUUUCCCGACGAGACUGCUGUAUUGGGCCCGUUUACGUGGCUCACAGUCGCACACGUAUGCCGCCACUGGAGGGUUAUCGCGCUCGUGUCACCAAGACUCUGGAGCCACAUCGACGUGCGACGUGAGGAUCGCACUACCGAGUUCUUGAGACGCUCCGGAGAGGUGCCUCUCAGUAUUUACCAUCACGACCAUCCCUAUUCUGAGAAAGCUCUUCGCCUCGUUUUUGAGAAUAUUCCGCGUAUCCGGGUGCUCAUUGUCUCUACCAGCCACUUCCCAUUCGCGAAUCCUCCUCUCGAUAUUUGUACAGUAUCCCCGGACACACCGCUCAUUCUCGAGAAGCUAAAGCUCUCCGUCGCUAGUAUCGACUUCGUCAAGACUAUUGUUCUACCGCGGCUGACUCAUCUCAAAAUCGGCAGGAGUCGUGGAACAGUUGGAGAAUGGGCCGACUUACUUUCAGGCCUCCCGGCUUUCACUGAACUCGAGUUGAUCUCCUGCGUCAUGCCCCUCGGCGAAGAAAUCGCAGAGAUAAGCUCUAACAGCUCGUCUUCUUCUCGAAGACUCGUCACCCUGCCGCGUCUUAGGUAUCUCCAUCUCUCAGGCGACAACGCCGGCAUCGGCAUUGCCAUACUACUCUACCGGCUUGGUUUCCCAUCCAGCGCAGCUGUGCACUUUGACGCCCACUUUGUGGACGUCGUCCCAGAGACUGUCGACGCUCUUCCGCGCAUCUUUGACGCAUUCGCGUCUGGCGUCCGCCGAAGCACCGAUGGUGAAGAGCGACAGUUUAAGUCGCUCCGCCUGUACAGCUCGGCGCGCUGGGUUCCCGACAAAACCCUUGUGUUCGAGACUUGGCCCGUCCUACGUGAUGCGGAGGCCCUCAACAACGACUACAGCGAGCGCACAUCGGGGCUUUUCAAACUGAGCUGUUCGUGCAGCCCGACGUUCACCUGGCGGAGCCUAUGCGUCUGAGCGAUGCCCCGGAGUACAAACCCGUGAUGCGCUUACCUGCCCUCCGGUGCUUGACGGUGGCCGGGGUGCGGUGGGACAUGCCUGUCAACAUUUUUGGUAACGAAGACAGGAGCAACGAAGGGCGUACGCUGGCGCAGCGCCUUCAUGCCACGUUGUUGCGUCGCAGAGAGCUGCGAGUGCCCUUGCACAGGCUGAGUAUCCUUUGGAGCAUAGGUCUCACUGAACAAUCACGCUCCGAGAUACUAGAGCUCAAAGCAUUAGGUGCUGUGGAUGUAGUGGAAUGGAACGAUGAGUCGGAGACAUAACCUAGCCUACGUAAAGUAGGGACUGUAGCAUGACUGCAGGUCACAUGGGGAUCUCUAGCACUUUUGAUGACUCUUCACCGUAUCGUACUAAGUUUUAAGUUGAUAGACCAGCUCAUACACCUAGAGAUUGCCAGAUCGUUCUGCGGACGUCGGAGGCCGUCGGGACUCCUCGGGAGUCGG